CUCGCUGGGGAAUAAAUGUUUAACUACAGUACCCAGAAUUCAGCUGCAAAGUACACACGUCAACGUAGAUCACAACAAGGAAGUGGAUGCUCAUGGUGCCUGCAUUUCUUGUACUAAUCUUCUUACUGGAGAAUAUGGGACAGUUGGUUUUGUAAAAGACGCACUUAAAGAUUACGUUGAUCUUGGUUUGUACACGUACAACGCCUCGGUCGGGCUUUCUGGAUAUUUAAUUGGGUAUCUACGAAGAUACAAUGGAAUCUCAAUCAGGAGAAUGAAUAGUUGAUAUUUCUUUUCUCCCAUUCAUUCAUCAACGAGACAGCGUCCCCCGUUUUUAUUGGGGGAUUCCACUGGCGUUACGUACAGGUAAUGCUUUUGCGUGGCCUGAAUAUGUUACUGCUUUUCCCACUCCCUUGUAAACAAGCUUGACUGCUGACCCAAUAGACCCAGCUCGGUGUUGACUCUCAAAAUGAGGAUAAUCACCUUCCUCCUAGUCGGACUGACAGUCCACGUGGUUUUCUUCCUUUCGAUCUUUGACAUCUACUUCACCUCUCCCCUGGUCCAUGGCAUGACACCCCAGGCUACACCGCUGGCACCCCCCGCCUCCAGAUUGGUGUUAGUGGUGGCCGAUGGUCUCCGAGCAGACAGUCUCUUCACACUCCUCCCCAACGGCUCAUCCAGGGCUCCAUACUUGAGGAGUGUGAUGGAGGAGAGGGGUACCUGGGGUGUGUCACACACACACGUGCCAACUGAGUCUCGUCCCGGUCAUGUUGCUCUCAUCGCUGGCUUUUAUGAGGAUGUGAGUGCUGUUGCUAAAGGGUGGAAGGAGAAUCCUGUAGAGUUUGACUCGGUGUUUAAUGAGACCAAACACACCUGGUGCUGGGGCAGCCCUGAUAUUCUGCCAAUGUUUGCUAAAGGUGCCAGUGGAGAACAUGUGUAUACUCACACUUAUCCAGCAAAGGAGGAGGACUUUGCCUCCACAGACGCCUCCAGGCUGGACACCUGGGUGUUCACGCAAGUCAAAUCAUUCUUUCAGUCAGCAAAGUCUAACUCCAGUCUGAAGGCCAGUCUGCUCGAGGGUGAGAAUAUCUUUUUUCUACAUCUGCUGGGCAUCGACACAAACGGACAUGCACACAGACCAAUGUCACGGGAGUACCUAGACAAUAUUGGUCUAGUAGACAGUGGCGUAGCUGAACUGGUGUCUGUGGUAGAAGACUUUUUUGGUCAUGACGGCAGAACAGCCUAUGUGUUUACCUCUGAUCAUGGCAUGACAAACUGGGGUUCACACGGUGCAGGCCAUCCUUCUGAGACACUCACCCCUUUAGUGGUGUGGGGAGCCGGAGUUUGUAAUGCCCGCAAAGUCACUGAACCCCAAUCGUUCAACGAUGGCUACCUACAAGAUUGGAAACUGGAGCACCUUCGUAGAGUUGACGUCAAUCAGGCAGACAUCGCCCCCCUCAUGGCUUCUCUCAUCGGUGUGCCCUUUCCUGUUAAUUCAGUUGGUGUGUUACCUCUUCUCUAUCUUAACAACAGUGACCAGUUUAAGGCAGAGAGCAUGUACACCAAUGCUAUUCAAGUACUAGAGCAGUACAAGAUGAAAAUGGCCCAAAAAAAGGAGACAACCUUGUCUUUUCUCUUCACCACAUACCAACCGCUGACUGAGUCAAAACAAGCAGAAUUCAUUCACAAGGCCAGAAUACUGAUUCAGCUGGAGAAGUAUGAAGAUGCUAUCUCUCUGUGCCGAUCUCUGAUAUCCAAUGCCCUGGAGGGCCUGGUCUACUACCACACCUAUGACAGGUUCUUCCUAGGCUGCAGUGUGGUGCUGGGAUUUGUAGGCUGGACCUCAUAUGUUGUUCUAGUCAUACUGAAGACUCAUGCCGGCCUCAACCGACACCCCAGUCUCCUCAAACAGAUUCCCAGCUAUACCCUGGCCAGGGUGUGUAUAUGUGUGACAGUGGUGAUCACUGUGUUCUUGCUUAUCCAAAGGAGCCCCAUCACUUACUAUAUUUACUGCCUACUGCCUGUCCCUGUGUGGUACUCUGUCCUGAAAGAGUCCGAAACUCUAAUAGAUUUGGUUCGCUCAGCUCCCUCUCUGCCCCUGUGGAAAUGUUUUGGCUAUUUUGUGCUGGUGGCGUUUGGGAUCGAGCUACUGGUGGUGAGUUUCUUCCAUCGCGCCAUGCUGACUGUGGGCCUGGCUUUCCUCUCUCUCUGGCCCUUCAUGUCAGGAAUUUUUGGCAAGGCCAAGUUCCGUUCAUUGAGCUGGUUUCUGGGGUGUCUGUGUUUGGCUGCUUUCCCCCUCAUGCCUGUUGUGGGCAGAGAGCCUAACGUACAUCUGGUUACCUGUGCAGGUAUACUUACUCUCUUCACUUUAGCCUGUUACCUCUGGUCAUCAGGACAGAGAACGCCUCUGCACCUCAGUGACAGACAGCAGUUUGUCACCCAGAUGCUCCAUGUGGCAGUGUGUGCGUACGUGCCAUCUCUCACACACUCCAGCCUGCAGCAGAAACAGGGAUUGCCCCUUCUUAAUCAGAUCAUCAGCUGGACCACAUUAGCAUCGUCAAUGCUGGUUCCACUCUUGAGCUCUACACGACUUUUCCACCGACUCCUCAGCAUAUUUCUCUCUCUCAUGGCCACAUAUCUACUGCUCAGCACUGGGUCAGAGGCUUUGUUCCCCCCUGUGUUAUCUUGGUUGAUGUUUGUGUGGAUCAACAUUGAACAGGAAGCGAUGCUCGCUCAGGGUGUCUCUAGCAGACAAGAGCUCUCCACUAUUGAUUUCUCUGCAAACAUUGACAUCACCAAGAUCCGACAGCUGAAGUUGGAUGACAUCAGAAGAUCUUAUUUUUUUGUAUUUUUUAUAAUAACAGCUUUCUUCGGCACAGGGAACAUAGCUUCCAUCAAUAGUUUUGACCCAGCAUCUGUUUAUUGUUUCCUCACUGUCUUCAACCCCUUCAUCAUGGGAGGGCUGAUGAUGUGGAAGGUUAUCAUUCCAUUCAUAAUAGUGAUGUGUACAUUUGAGACCAUCCAAGUUGCAACACAGCUAUCAUCAAGAAGUUUGUUCCUCAUCGUCCUGGUCAUCUCUGACUUGAUGGCUCUGCACUUUUUCUUCCUGGUGCAGGACUACGGCAGCUGGUUAGACAUUGGCACAAGCAUUAGUCAUUAUGUGAUAGUGAUGUCGAUGACCAUCUUCCUGAUGUUGCUCAGUGUGGUCACACACAUUUUCACCUCACAAAGACUCAUUCUGUGGAGGAGAUCUAAGAAGCACUUUCCCUAAGUAAACAUGCUUGUGUGUGCAUGUGGAUGCACACAUACUAGGUCAACCAAAUGUUUAGUAUUUAUUUGACUUUUUUUGUUGAUACUUUUCAUGUAUCAUUUGUCUUAUUAAGCCAGGGUUUGUAUAUAUAUGUUUUAGGACUCAACAUACUGUACAGUGCUGUACAAAUGUCUCAUGCGACUUAGUCAAAUUGUUUUGGAAAUCCCCUCUUAUAUGUCUUUAUUAGCCAAAUGCUUUAACUUUUCCUAUCAAAACUGCUUAAAGGUACCCUGCCACACGUAUUUCAUUACUUUGUGGUAAUGUAUGAAGAUCUAACAUUGAAAAAAUGCUCGGUUUCCAGCGAUUCUGGCAUGGUAUAGAAAGCCUGCAGGAAGACGCAUAAGUUCUCAUUAAUAUUCAACAAGCUAAGCUUGACUUUGAUUGGCUAACAGCUAGCCAAUGAGAACCUUGCUAUCAGGAUCCUUUACCCAGCUCAACUGGAUCACUCCUGCAUCAAGGAGUAAACCUCUAUAUAUGGGGCGCCCGCUCUACUAAUGGAAAUAUCCGGGUGCCUUGGAUAGAUGUUUUUAAUAGGACAAGAUUUUUGCGCUGUACUUUUGGCACUGUAUUCUUUUUUACAAUCAGUCGCUGUUCCAACAUCAUUGUUUUUACAUUAAUCAUUGAUAAAUUUACUAAGGACACUUGCAUUUAUGACUGUAAAUUAUGCCUUUGCCAAGAGUGCUGAUUUAUGAUCUACCCAAAAAAUUGAUAACUACUUUAAGUAUGUAACACUAUAUCCAGUGAAGCUGCCUAAACAUAUCAUUGUUCAGAAGGAAAAGUUAGUUUGUUUUUUGUUUUGUUUUUUAUGUGUUUGUGUGUACUAUGUUUGUACCAAUAAAACUGAGGUGGUGGAAUGGAAACAGGAAUGUCCAUAAAGUGUGUGUUGUACACAGUGUAACUGUAGCCAUUGGGCUUGAGCACACGGUGGCCAACGCUUUGUGUAGUUACAUUUGAAAACUCAUAAAUGUCUGUAAAUAAGAAUGUAGCUGCAAAAAUGGUUACAUUUUAAUAAAAGAU